UACAUCUGUCUCGGUCCAGCUUGCUUGUUCUCGUGGUCGACUCAGUAGAGCAUCGUCGUCUUGCGUGAUUGCCGUUUCGUACGUGCUACUGUGUUAGUUACUCGGUCGCUGAUUCUCACGUGCCGUUCGUUUGUAGCCGGGACAUUUCGUACGUGUCUCGAACCUGCCAUUCGGAAUAUAUUACAGAACUGGUAGCGUGGGUCUCGUUUGGUUACACAAAGCAGGUUCAUUGGAAUUUCAAUUGUGCACUGUAUUGCUGUACACCUAUCAAGUAAACAUUAAAAACUUUAUUUGCAAUUAAAAAAUAUGAUCUGUCAUUGAAACGAUCUUUUUGUUCAUUCGUGGCUUACUGUUGUCAUUAUGAAGAGAAAAAAAGUGCACAAACGCGCCAAGCAGGCCCAUAUACCCGUUACCGCUAAGGACGAAAUGCAAGAAUCAUCGAUCUUCUAUUCGGAACCAAACAUCAGACGGAUAGAAAAUUUAAACGCAGAAGUAAACGCCCUACUGGUCACUACAGACUCUUUACGGAUACUGAAAGACGAGAUAGCCAACAUUCAAGAUAGGAUGAGUGUAACGUCAUCCGACAUACAAGACUACCUAGAUCGUUGCGUCAGUCUGAAAGAAAACGAAUUCAAGACUUUGACUGCUCAUUUGAAAGCUCUGCAGGAGUGGACAAACGCCCAGAAGAAGGCGCAUGAGGAUCAAGUUGCUAGGUUACUUCUCGAAAUCGACGAGGUUGAAGAGCGACUGGGACUAGAAAAAACCAUCCUAACCGGAAAGAUUUCGUCGAUGGAAGAUAUAAGGGUGCAAAGAGAUGAGAUGCAAUGGAAGUUCUCGGAGAUGCAACGGAUGUUAGAUGAAACAACUAGCGCAAACCGAACGGAAUACUGUCUAAUGGAUUUGGAACUAACUAUAAUUCAACACCGCCUCCUGGAAGAGAUGAAGGAACGUGUCAGAAAUCUCGCCGACGCAUUCAAGUUGGCGACCGAGCAACGAGGAGAGAAGGUACAAAUGGAAACAGUGGAUAAAAAUGGUCGCCUUUCUCGUCAGCUGUCCCUCAUGGGCACUGGGGUGCUUACUGUACUGGAUAAAAACAAGUCCCUUCAAGCAGUCAACAGUCACCUACAGAAGGAUGUAUCCACUUUGAAAGAAGUAAAUGAACAAAUGCGAAGAAAAUUCGCGCUUCACCUCAAGCAUUUGGAAGAAACCAUCCGCAACUGUCAAGCUCAACAGAAUGAUCUUCAUGUACUGCGUGGGAAAGAAUCCGUGCAAAUACCCCACGACGCUGGACCUCCUGACGUUGAGCCGGAGAAUAUCGAAAAGGAGCUAAAUAGCAAAGUGGAACCCACAAGAAUACAGUUGGACCAAUUGAAAAUGCAGUACGAACAGACGAAAAGACGAAUCAAAGCAGAAUUGAUCCGCUUGGAAGAUGCGAAUGCGGCCAGACAGCUACUAAAUGAAAUGGUCUCCGAGGUGGCCCAGUCACUGCGCGAUGCACAUGAGUUAUUUCAGCCAGAGGUAGUUCUAGCCAGGUCCGAAAAACGACACCGGAAGAAUCGCCUUCUGGCGGCAUUGUUCGUUCUUCUGUCCACGAGCGAUCUAUUGGGCAGUCGAACUACUCUUCGUCAACUCGGAAUCUCGAGUAUAAACCGAUCCUCGUCUCCACCCUAUCGAUUACCUUUUAUGAAUCGGUUUUCCAGUCCAACAGUCGGCACUGAACACAGUUGUGCCGCUUCCAUUGCUGGUGCUUUGAAAAUUCAUCACCUUGUUACAACUGAUCUCCUGGAGUAUGAACCCGAAGAGCACAAUGCAAGCUCGUGCGCCCAAUUGACCAGUGAGCUACUUCGCGGACUUCACCAGCACUUGCGCCACCAAGACAAACCAAGUUCGUCUGUUCGUUCGGUCACUGUCAAGGCUGUUCCACGGGCGGAAACCGCUUCACAAUGUCACACGAUGCCAGCACUUCAGACAUCAACCAGUGACCAGUACGCUUCUGUGAGACUGCCAAAGUUAAGAAACAAACCACGGAUGCGGCUACAGCAUAGCUCACGUAUGUUUCGAAUUUUCAACUCUCCAGAUCAGGAAUGCUUGCCCAGUUUAUACCCGCUCACUGUUUUAUGAAUCAUAACAUUGACUGAUCUGCUUCAAUAAAUAAACUUAUGGCAACAUAAUGCAGAUUGUUCUGCUUAUUCUCCAAUAAAGGC